AUGGCCGGUAGAGGUAUACCAUCUGCGCCCAAAGGUGCGAGAUGGAGCACUUCUGACAAGAAACCGGGAGCGGCUGCUGGCGCGAACAGGGAUGGUGGGGCACCUUCGCAGAUUAGGUGUGCGAUCUGUAAAAAAACGAAGAGUAAGGAUGAGUUCUCUAACCGCCAGCUCCUCAAGUUCAGUUCGUACAAGAGGGGCAGUCGAACAACCAAGAAAGAUGUGGAUUCAGUGCAUGUCGCUUGCACCCUGUGCACCGCGAACCAAACUUGCGAGCUCAAAUGCUAUGUUUGCGACAAAGUGAAGGGUUUGCAUGAGUUCGCCAAAAACCAGCGAAAGAACCCAGAUAACGCCAGGUGCAUCAAUUGUGUCGACACUGAUAUUAAAAUCGAGCCCGAUCUUCGUCCUGAUGAUGCCACUGAUUCAAGCAGCAGCGACGAUGAGGAAGAAGAAGAAGAGUACGAUUGGGAUGUUGGCGCGUCAAGGUCGAAUGUCAACAAGGUCAGGCCUUAUAUAUCUCAGAAUAAGAAGAAUGAUUGGGCAUCAGCUACCGGUGAGGACGAUGAAGAUGAAUUUGGAGAUGUCUCAUCUUCUACUACAUCCCAUCAUGGUGGUCCUCCCAGACAGCAGGGAUACAACCUUCCGGCACGUCCCGGCGCCGCACAGCGUGCUCCGGUUGUGUUUAAUCCCCGUGCUAACCAGCCCUCUAACUCCGGCGCCAGUCGUGCUCCUCCUGUCGAAGACGACGAUGAUCAAUGGGAAACUAUGGAUAGAACGAGGCCCAUUGGGGGCUCGAGUAGAGCCUCAUCUACUGCCUCGCGCUCCGGUUAUUCAUCACAGCAGCCAGCCACUAGGAAGAACGGAUGGGCAAAGGUUUCUAAGGCUCCACAAUGGGGUCAACCCGAGAAUAAUGUGCCGGAGGAAGAAAGCCCAUGGGCCAGUUAUGGUCGCAAGAAGUAG